AUGGCACUCUUUGAAGCUCUUGGAGGUCCGACUGCCCAAAUCAUCGUGGGCCCCCUAGGAAACACUCAAACCUUCAGCAUGCACAAGAAACUGCUCUGCGACUCAUCUACCUACUUCGAAGCCGCGCUCAACAACGGUUUCGCCGAAACGACAAGUCAAAAAGUCACUCUGGAUGAUGAAGAUCCUGCUAUCUUCCACAUCUUCGCAGUCUGGCUCUACGAGUCAGAGAUUGUGCUGCAACCUGCAACCUCAGCUACCCGAGAAACUCACCUGCUCAAGCUCUACCUCUUCGCGGACAAACGUGGCAUCAUCAAUCUUGCCAACGACACUAUCACGGCUCUUGCUUCGUUCUGGGUCAACCAUCGCGUCGCCAAAGCCAGGAUCAACUGGAUAUUCGACGAAAUAUUGACUUCCAGCGAGCUGCAUCGCCUAAUCCUUGACAGUAUCUGUCUAGAAUUUAGGGAUGGCUUCGCGACUGAAGAUGAUCUCAAGACAUCAGAUCUGCCAAAAUCAGUCCUUGUCGAUCAGAGGGACUAUCGCACGACGCUCAGCGACCUUGACAGCUGUCUACAUUCCAUCUGUCACUACCAUGUACACGGGCCGGAUGGACCUCUCACACAAGCAGAAUGCAUCGAGACCAUCAACAAAGGUCACAGCAUCCACAAAUUCAAUGGUAAGAAGUACAUUCAGAUUCCAUGGAAUUGGGAUUAA